AUAUAUCACUAUCUACCUCAAUUUCUCCUCUAUUUCCUUCUAACAUUGCAAAUAAACUUUGCAUCUUUCAAUUCCAAUUAUAAAUAAAUUUUAGUUCGGUUCACGGUUUAGAACCUUUCAUCAUCGUCUUCAUCGUCGUCGCCAUCAUCCAGUUAAUGACAUGGGAAACUGUUUGGCAAAUUCAGAUCAUGACGGUAAGAUUCAGAAAAAGAAGAAGCAACAAAACAAUACUUCUUCUGCAGUUGCAGAUGGUGAGAAAAGUGUUGGCGUUGGAGCGAUGAAUAAGGAAAGAUAUGGCGGAAAAAUUGUGAAGCCGAAUCUGAGAAUGUUCACAUUAGAUGAGUUGAAAAGUGUGACAAGAAACUUCAGACCAGACACAGUACUAGGCGAAGGUGGUUUUGGACAAGUUUUCAAAGGAUGGAUCGACAAAAACACUUACAAACCAUCUAAAGUUGGUGUUGGAAUUCCCGUCGCGGUUAAGAAAUCCAGCGCCGAUAGUCUCCAAGGUUUACAAGAAUGGCAGAGUGAAGUGAAAUUUUUAGGGAAAUUCUCUCAUCCAAAUCUGGUUAAACUACUUGGUUUUUGCUGGGAGGAAGAUCAGUUUUUGCUUGUGUAUGAAUACAUGCAAAAGGGAAGUUUGGAGAGUCACAUAUUCAAAAGUCCAGAACCACUUUCUUGGGAGAUAAGGAUGAAGAUAGCUAUAGGAGCUGCUAGAGGGUUGGCUUUUUUGCAUACUUCAGAGAAGUCUGUUAUUUAUAGAGAUUUCAAAUCCUCUAACAUUUUGCUUGAUGGGGAUUUUAAUGCAAAGUUGUCUGACUUUGGGUUGGCAAAGCUUGGGCCAGUCAAUGGUAGGUCACAUGUAACCACAAGAAUCAUGGGCACAUAUGGUUAUGCAGCCCCUGAGUACAUGGCUACAGGUCAUCUUUAUGUGAAAAGCGAUGUGUAUGGAUUUGGUGUUGUUCUUCUAGAAAUGCUAACAGGUUUGAUAGCACUUGACAGAAAUAGGCCAACAAAUGAGAUGAAUUUGGUGGAUUUCACAAAGGGAUCUCUACAUGACAAAAAGAAACUCAAAAAGAUAAUGGAUCAAAGAUUGGAUCAACAAUAUCCAUUAGCAGCAGCAUUUCUUAUAGCUCAACUUAUUCUUCAAUGUUUAGAAGCUGACCCAAAAAACAGGCCUUCUAUGGAGCAAGUACUAGAAAUUUUAGAAAAGGCACAAACUAUUAAAUACAAGCCCAAAGUGAAAAAAUCGAGAAGUGCGCAACAACUACAAAAUAAGAGACCAAAAGAACAUUCUAUCAAUGAUCAAUAAUAGUCUCGAUUUGUGAGUUCUCACAAUAGUCGUGUAUCUGAAUCACGAUUUCAUUCUUCAUAAUAGUCUUCGAUUUAGACUCAUUUGAAUCAUUAUAUAAUUUUAUCAUUGAUUAUAUUAUAUAUUUUGUGCAUAUGUGUAACUUUUAGUUUAUUAAUUGCAUGUAUACUUUGAACAUUCAAAUAGUGUAAUUUUGUCAUAUUUGGUGCAGAUUAAUAAAUUUAUUUAUAUUUUAUCCAUUUGAAAA